AUGUCAGCAUCCAAGUCAUUAAAACUUGUUCUUGUAACUGGUGCAGCGGGAAAGAUUGGUAAAUAUUUUGCUGAACAUGCAAAUAAACAAAAAUAUAAACUUCGUUUAAUGGUACAUUCAAUUCAUGAAUCCGAAAAAGUCGAUCCGUUAAAACCAUUUGGUGAAAUUAUUAAAGGUGAUUUAGACGAGACAGAAACAUUGGAAAAAGCAUGUAAAGAUAUUCAUACAAUUGUUCACUUGGCUGGUGAUCCUGAUCCAAGUGGAACAUGGGAUUCAUUAAAAAAAUCAAAUAUUGAUGGUUUAUAUAACAUAUUUCUCGCCGCAAAAAAAGCUGGUGUUAAACGAAUGGUUUAUGCUAGUUCAAUACAUGCUAUAUCUGGUUAUCCAAACGAUGUUCAAGCUAAAACAAAUGAACCACCAAAUCCAGGAGAUCUUUAUGGUGUCACAAAAUGUUUUGGUGAAGCACUUUGUCGUUAUAUGGGUGAAAAAGAAGGUGUACCAUCAAUAGCUGUUCGUAUUGGAGCAUUUCAAGAACAUGCAUCUGCACAAAAUAAAGAUUCUUUAAAUAUGAUGGAUGCAUGGUUAUCUCAAAGAGAUUGUGUACAAUUACUUGAAAGAUGUAUUGAUGCACCAGAAGAUUUAAAAUUUGCUAUUGUACAUGGUUUAUCACGUAAUACAUUUAAUCGAAUGGAAAUUGAAUCAACACGACAAUUAUUAGGUUAUGAUCCACAAGAUAAUUUCUUUGAAGAAUCAGAAAUUUUUAAAAAAUUGAGUAUGACUGAUGAAUUAGCUGAACAUAGCGUUGAGGAUGAUCGACAAAAGUCUGGUCUACGAGAUAAAUCACCAGAGGAUAAGAAAAAAGAUAAGAAAAAAUAG